GGAACGUGCAACCUAUUUACAUAAUGAUCAAAACAACAACAAAGAAUGAAAUGAUGUUUAGCUGUUCACGUAAAUCUUAUUUUUGUAACUUAUGAAUAACACAGAGGAUUUAGACAGCAAACUUCAGAUCAUUGAAUCACCACAACAUCAAGAAGAGCAGACAGAGCAGCCAGGACCCAGUGAGAUGUCGGGAGAUCGACCAGCGAGGCGAGCUGGGCGCCGGCCAGGCAGGAAGACGGCGAAAAUGGAUGUUCGGGCAAAACUUGAGCGCAGCAGACAGAGUGCACGGGAGUGUCGGGCACGUAAAAAGCUGAGAUACCAAUACCUUGAAGACUUGGUGGCCAACAGGGAGAAGGCUGUGUUUGCUCUAAGAGAGGAAAUGGAAAUGUGGAAGAACCUGUGUACUGAGAUUGAUGAAGGUCGGUCUGCCGAAAACCUGAAGGAGAAACUGCUGAAAACUUGUGAUAACCAGCAGGUGAAAACCAAUGAGUAGUGCAGGCAAUAGAUACUGGUUAUUUCACCCAGCAAUAUUUACAUUAGACUGGUUAUUUCAUCUCACAUUAGAAGAAGCAGACUGGUUGUCAUCUCAUACUGGAUUUCAAGGAAAAGACUGCUUGUUAUUUCAUCACACAUUGGAAGGAACAGACUGGCUCUCAUCUCAUCCGGGAUUUCAAGGAAUGGACUGGUUGUUUUUUGUUUCUGACAAUGCAAGCAACAGACUGGUUAUUUCAUCCAGCAAUAUUCAUAUAUGACUUGUUACUUCAUCCUACAUUAAAAGAAUCUGACUGCCUCUCAUCUCAUCGGGGAUUUUAAAGAAUGGACUGAUUGGUAUUUCAUGUGACAUUGCAAGGAAUAAACUUAUAUUUUAACUAGCUUGGCAAGGAAUAUACUGGUUGAUAUUUCAACCAACAUUGAUCAGAAUUAACAGGUUCUUGUUUACUAGCAUUGCAAGGAAUAAAAAAAAUAUGCAAGUUUUAACUAAAAUUGCAAGAAAUGACUUUGCUGUUUUGGUAGCAAGAAUCAGUUAUGUUCAUCCGUCAUCAUCUGAUUGCCUGCUCUAUGUCAAUCAGAACAAAAUGGAACUGACUAAAGUGGGCAAAUAUUUCCUGCAUAAAUUUUAAACUACAAGUCUUUCAUUGGUUGUAUGAAGUUUUAUAUAUUUGUUUCAUUUUAACCUUUUUCUUUUUUUGUUUUUGUUUGAGUGUUCAUUUGAUUGUUAUUGAAAUAUGUUGUUACUUAAAAUUAAUAAUUCAUAUAUUUUUUUAAGAACUGUUAUUGUUACUGGACUGUUGUGUUCCUUGAUAUUGAAGAUAAUUGGUCAAUGUAAUUGUUUUGUUUUGGAUGUUUUGUUUAUCAUGUUGAAACGAGUGAUUAAUGUUUAUAAAAGAAAAAAAAAUCAAAUCUGCUUUAUACGUUUGAAUUUUUUUAAAUGAUCUUGAAAAUAUUUAGUAUUUGUUCUGAAGUAAAACUUUACCGUAUGUUGUUGAGUUAUGGGAUAUUUUGGGCCCAUCAAAAUGAGUUGCAGGUAGCCAGUCACCUUAUCUAUUCGUCUGUCUAUCCACAUUUAAGCAUCAUAUUACUUAUUAAAAUAAGUGAAUGGAAAUAUUGAUAAAAAGUAAUACAUUUUUAGACUCAUGCAUAUUUAAGGAAUCACAACUCUGCAACCCAUUUAUGAUUGUUCCUAAAUUGUUUCCCUUGAAACAAAGGGUAUUAGCAAAUGGAUUUGCUUUCAUCAGAUUUUUGAUGAAAGUGAAUGAAACUUGAAGCAGUCAUAGAGUAAACAGUGAUGGUGCGUGUUUUACAAGAACCAUAACUAUAUGGCCCACUAUUACCAAAUUGCCUCCCUUGUUAUUUUUUUAACUUUAAAGAUUGGUUAAUAACAAUGGGUCAUGUACACAAUUGAAACAAACUUAAUUGACUUUUUGCUCCCAAUUUUUCUUUCUUGGUAAACAAGUAUAUUGUUUAAAAAUUUAUUCGAUUAAAUAGUGAAAUAAUGAAAUUGGUUGAUGGCAAUAAGUGUUUGUACCCAUUUGUAGAAUCAUAACUCUAUGAUCCAUAGGUUUGAGAGUUACUUCCCAUUGAUAUUUAAAGUGUUUAAGAUAUAUACUGAUGCUACUUUUGCUUGGACCAGAUUGCAGUGUUAACUUUCACAGGUAAUGUAGGAACUUUAAAAAUUUAGCCAUAUUUUGAAGUAUGUGUAAAUGUACAUAUGAUAUUUCUGUUGAUUAAUUUUAAAAUAGGGUGAGUUAAUUGUGAAUAAGAACUUCGAAAAAAAUUCAAUACAAAAGUAUAUUGCAGAAAAAUGUUAAGGAUCUAAGAGCAAAAUUUUUACUGCAUGGUCUAUAUUGCAUAGUUAUCCUGGUUGACUUUUAACAAGCCUUCAAAUUGCCUCCCUUCUAAAAAGGCUUUUAUUCGGGGCCUUCAUCAUAUCCUGUGACAGCCGUAGUUUUUAUUGAAUUUAAUUUCUAAUGAAAGUCAUAUUUGACAAGGUUUUAUUUUCAUAUUUUUUGCUCUUUCGUAGUUUCUUGGUUUUAUAUUACAUAUUGUUACGAAAUGUUAAAUUUGUAUUCACACAUUUAAAAAGGUUUUAUUUCAAUAUAUGUCUGCUUUUUUAUAGUUUCUGGCAUGUAUUAUGAUAUGUUGGUAAAGUUGCAUUCAAUUGUUAUGAAAUACUGUACCACAUGAGUAAUAACAGUUUUGUGUGAACAAAAUAAGGAACAAGAAUUGGUACAUUUAUAUAUAGAAUGUAUUUUUGAAUGAGGAAAUACCUUAACCUUGUAUUAUGAUAUUUGCUAUUCAAAUGUAUGAUGUUAAAACCUAUGUUAAUGACUUAUUAAGAUAUAAUAUUGUUAAAGAUACCUUUUUGCUUAGUGCCUAUAAAUUUAUGAUUGUAGUAUAUACAUAUCUAUAAAAUAUAUCAUCAGAUUUCUUACCGAAACAAUCAAACUUGUUAUUUAUAUAACUGAGGGUUAAAACCAUUAAAAUAACAAUAAAUUGAGUGUAAUUUGAGAAUAACGCCAAUUCUAUUGUUUUUGUCAUCAGCAAAACAUACGAAAUUUUCAUAACAUUGACUUUCAUAAAAUGUUUUAUCAACCAUAUUUCACUGAUAAUUAAAGUGAUGAUAAAGUGGUCAAUAAUAUUAAGAGCAUUCGAUUUUCUCUUUAGUUGUAGUUUGAUUUUUGUUGAGCAUUUGCAUUUAAAACACGUAUGAAUAGCUUGAAAUGGAUAUACAUGGCUUUUCAAACCACUUAAACAAGGUUACAAGCCCUUUUAUCCUGAUUUGAGGCUGAAUCUGAGUUGAUCCUUAGUCUUUGACACACAAAUAAAAUAUAUUAUAUUAAGACUUUGACAAUGAUUGUUUUAUAAACAUAAGGCCUCUUAGUCAGUAUCAUGGGUUAGCAUAAUCCUUCAUAUUUAAACUCAGUGUUCAGCAUUGGGAUUUUCUGUCUGGUAUUAUCCUUAGAUAUAUAAUAUUGUUUACAAAGUAAAACCCUGGAAAGCAUAUACAUAACUUCUUAUACAUAUAGAUGUGUGUUAUAUCUGUUUUCGAAAAUAUAAUGAUAAGGGAACUAAGCGCGAUUGUUUUUACGUACGUAUUAUGUCCAAGAGUUACCUCUCUUAGGCCCUUUUUAGCGUUGUAUAUUAAGUAUUUGCACUAUGUUUAUUCACUGCAAAGUAACUGUCUAAAAAAAUGAGUAUAAUAAUUUUUGCAUGCAUAUAUUAAUUUAGCGACAGUAUUACAAAUAUGAUGUAUUUUAUUAUUAUUUUUUCGGGGGGUGGGGGGGAUGGAGUUGGUAGGGAGGGGUUCAAAUAUGCUACGUACUUUAUUCAUUGACACAUAGAACCUUUCUACGUUCACUCUUUAAUAUGGAAUUCUGGGGUAUUUUACCAUCGGGAAGCAUUUUCAUUAUUAUAUAUAGUGGAGAAUUAGAAAUUGUUAAAGUCGUAUGUACCUUUGAAAGAAAAAAGAAAAAUUAUCGAAAAUCAGAAUACAAUUAAACACCAAAGCCCAAAAUGCAAGCAAACAGUAAGAUAGCACUUUCAUAUUAUUGAGAAAAAAAUGUUUAAAUUAAAGUCAUAUUUUUUUAAGUGUUGCGACCAUGACCAUAGCUGAUGUCACGACAUUAGGUCAUAAAUACACACGUGUGUUGUCAUGGUAACCAUAACUCAAGAUAUAGCGUAUGGCAAAAUGCGCUAAUUUUCUUUUAAUGGUACUUUAAGUACUGGACGAUGAUGGGUCAAUCGAUUAUUUAGCGGCUGGUUUGAUUGACAGACCGCGUCGUGUUAAUUUCUGGAACUACCCGAACUAUGAAUAAUAACAAAGUUUAUAAAGUUGCAAAGCCUGCCUUGUAUCACCACCCCAUACGCCCCAAUUUGUAAGCCCGGCGCAUUAAUUCUUUAAUAUGUCAUGUCAAAAAGUAGAUCUAGAGAUACCUGAUUUCGAUUUGCGGUUGUCACAUGAAGAGUUUAAGAAUGAGGAAAUCAUAUUUUUUGCCGAGUUUGGCUUUUAGUAAUUGAUGCCAUUACUGAAACUUGCAUACGUGCGUAGUCUGACGCAAAACCAAAUUAGUUUAGCAAUACUAUGGAUUCUAUGUAAUACUACGGAUUCAGGGGGGAGGGGGUAACCCGGCGCGCGCCCCCCUAAAAGCUUCCAAGUUUACUUUUGAUUUCGAUAUAGCAGAAGAAAAGUAAUAAAAUACGCCCAAAAUGCACCAUUUAGGACUAGAAAUUGUUAAUUUUAUCUUGGGGAAAACGCCUGUCAACACUUUAAACCAAAUAAAUUUUGUUUCUGAGGGAUGAGCGCAAGUAAAAAGGGUACGCCCCUAAGGUUCGCCCCUCUAACUUCGAAUCCUUGAUUCGCCCCUGAGCAUGGCCUAAAAAAACAGUAAAGUUACAGUAUACAUUCAACUCUUAAGUUACAGGCCGUUAGACUGAUUAAGCGAUACAGGUGUCAGAUCCUCACUCUAAAAUCCGUGGAUUCAGUCCCCACCUGGGAAACCUUCUCGUGGUCUCUCAAAAUGGUUUUUACCCAGGUAACAGGCUCGAUAGUGAUUCUAAUAGCUAUCAACUUUCGUCAAAAUAAGAAAAAAAUAGUAUAACAAAACUUAGUAAAAGGUUGACAGGGUUUAUAAUCCACUAUAAGUGACAGUGGUAAUUGUAUUAUGUUUGUUUUUCAAAUGUAUAAUGUUGAAAACUUAUGUAAAUGUGUUAUUAAGAUGUACCUAAUUGUUAAAAGAUUCCCAUUUCACCGUUGUCGAUUCUGAUAAUAUUAUAAAACUGUUUUGCAUUAUAAAGACGAAUAAACUUCUUUAAUUUAA